AUGGCGAAUGAAUAUGGAAUCGGAAUGGGUUCGAUUAUGGCGAUUGUGGUCUUUGCGAUGAUAUUGUUGUUCGUUCCGCUAAUGAUGGGACCAGUGGCUCCACCAUCUCCUCCACUUAUCUUGGUGUUUCCUCUUGUCUUGCUCUUUGUGUUUCUCUAUCUCCAUUUUACGUGCAAAUAA